CUUCAUCCACUUCAAAUCCCGCUCUCCAGUUUCAGUUCCCUCUCAGAAAACGCUACCGUUUGAACCCGCAUCUUAAUAUCUCUCAAUUCCCUUUAACAAUGGAGGCAACGACAAAGGCAACCAAAGGUGCUGGAGGAAGAAGAGGUGGAGACCGCAAGAAGUCCGUUUCAAAAUCGAUCAAAGCUGGCCUUCAAUUCCCUGUUGGUCGGAUCUCUCGGUUCUUGAAGAAAGGUCGUUACGCUAAGCGUCUUGGUUCUGGGGCUCCCAUUUACAUGGCUGCCGUUCUUGAAUACCUCGCUGCUGAGGUGCUUGAGUUGGCUGGAAAUGCAGCGAGAGACAACAAGAAGACCAGGAUCAACCCAAGACACGUCUUGUUGGCUGUAAGAAACGAUGAAGAGCUCGGAAAAUUGCUGCAAGGAGUUACAAUAGCAAGCGGCGGAGUGUUACCUAACAUCAACCCAGUACUUUUGCCUAAGAAAACUUCAGCUAGUGAGAAAUCUUCUGGGUCAGAGCCAAAAUCACCUAAAAAGGCCUAAAACCACUUGUAAUAAAAUAAGGUUUUAUUUUGUUGUAUGACGACCGGUUGUUAUCCAAUGUAGUAGGAAUUUAGACGGGCAGUUUAGUUUGUUCUUUACAAGUUGUUUAUGUUUUUGAUGCACAAAGAUAAUGCAGCAGCAGCCGCCGCAGCUCUCAUGUUUAUCAAAUAUUUAAUGGAAAGGUUUCUUCUUUCCA